AUGCCCGAGAAAGUCGUCAUAGUUGGCGCUGGGCCUGUCGGCUCGUUAGCAGCCCUGUACGCUGCUAUCCAGGGUUUUCAUGUCGACAUCUAUGAAUUGAGAGCCGAUGUUCGCCAACCAGGAACAACGCUGCUGUACUCUACCAAAUCCAUCAACCUUGCUCUAUCAGAACGUGGAAUCAAUUCCCUCCGCCAGACUGGUCUUGCUAAUCUUGCCCAUGCCGUCCUCGACGAGACGUUCCCUAUGCAUGGUCGCAUGAUUCACCUUGACAAGCAAGGCGAAUAUGUUCGUACUCCCCAGCUGUAUGAUGCUCGUGGAAAGAGUCUCCUGGCAAUGGACCGAGCAGGCCUCAACAAGACUCUCCUCGACCACUUGGAGUCCAUGCCCAACGUUCGUUUCUUCUUCAACUACAAGCUCAUCAGCGCAGAUUUCAAGAAGAAUCUCGCCUGGUUCGAACGCCACAGCAAACCCGAUGACCCUGCCCGAGGCACCGAGAUUGAGGUCAAGUUCGACUUGUUGAUUGGCGCUGACGGUGCCCAUUCAGCAGUGAGAUACCACCUCAUGAAAUUCGUUCCCAUGGGAUACCAGCAAGAAUACAUAGAUAAGCUGUGGUGUCAAUUUCUGAUCCCACCAGGACCAACCGGAGAUUUCCGCUUACCCCCAAACUAUUUACACAUCUGGCCACAGGAUGAAUCCAUGUUUAUAGCAUUACCAAAUCUUGAUAAGAGUUUCACAGCAACCCUGUUUCAUACCAGAGCCGGUUUCGACGAGUUGGACACUUCGGGCAAAGUUAUCGAGUACUUCCAACAAAAGUUCCCUGGCGUUGUCCCUAACCUCAUCACCCCAGAGGACCUGCGCAAACAGUAUACCGAAAACGAGCAUCUGCCUCUCAUCUCCAUCAAGUGCUCGCCGUACCACUUUGGCUCCUCGGGUGUCAUAGUCGGUGACGCUGCACACGCCAUGGUUCCCUUCUACGGACAAGGAAUGAACGCUGGAUUGGAAGAUAUCCGUGUACUCUUCGAAUUUCUCAGAAAACACCCACAUGAUCGCAGUAGAGCCCUGAAGGAGUACUCCGAGCAACGCACACCCGACGCCCACACUAUUAAUGAUCUUGCGCUUCGCAAUUACUACGAAAUGGCCACCGACGUCAAGAAACCCUUGUACCUACUGCGGAAGUGGUUGGAAGAAAAACUAGAUCUUUACCUCCCAAGCGCGGGUUGGGCUACGCAAUAUUCACGCGUCACAUUCAGCAACAUGCGGUACUCGGAGGUGCAGGGCCGCGCACACAGACAAGCGAGUAUACUCAACAACGUGGUAGGGUUUGCUUUCGUUACCUUCAUAGGUUCGGGACUUUGGUUUGCUGGGUCUGGCGGCGUGCAGAGGGCGAAGAUGGGUGUCAUGAGGUCAAUUUGUUUGUUUGCCCAAGGAGCACAGAAAUUGGUUCAAGGCUGAUGAAAUACGUGAGACGCCCAUGUAUUCUCGGCCAAGUAACAGAACAUGCACAUAGUGUGCUCACUGGUUCUCUCCAUCAUGAGACCCUGAUACAAUUUUUUGUCAAAUGGUCGGAUAUACUGGUCCAGCUGGUCCAGGUCCCCUACUCAAAUCUUCUUUCGUGCUCUCCGAGCCUUCUUCUUUGUAGGCUCCUUGUACGUCUCGUCUUCAUCCUCUCCUCCGACAACAUCAGACCCAUCCUCGACCAUCGCUGCAUCAUCAUCAUCACCUUCGGCGGUGGCAGUUUUCUUCCCUUCCCCUCUCCUCCUUUUGCUCUUCUUCCCUGCAUCUGCAGUCCUAGCAGCAGCCUCUCCAGCCUCGGCAUCUGCACCACCCCUCUCCUUUUCCGCCAAUUUACUCAGCGCAGCCCCCAAUCUCGCACCCUUUCCCUUGCCUGCAACACCCCUAUUCCGGGGUGCGAAAGCCCCCGCCCCAACACCACCGUCAAAAAAUCUAGUGAUAUUGGCCUGCGUGCCUUCUUUCUCCCUGCGAUUCAUAUCCUUGAUGACUGGCACGAGAACCUCAUCGGUGCGCUCCCUACUCCAGCCGAUCUGGUUUGAUAAGAAUGAGCGCAGCGCAUCGAGAUCUGGGACACCCCAUUGAAACGGUUCAGGGCUAUCGUCCACUUCCGGAUGCAAGUACGCUUCCGCGACGCGAGGAUCUGGAAAUCCAGUUGGCAAGAAAAGCUUCGUAGCCUGUGAGCGGCGGAAACGACGGCGGAUAGCGCUGGCUUUGUCCGCAUCUUUUGAGAUGGUGCCGUUUUGAACGCCUGACCACCAUUCUUUGAAGUGGGCUAGGGUCUGGAACUCCGAGAGAAGUUCGAGCGCGGUGACGGGCCCGACGCCCGGGAUACCCGUAGUGUAGUCUGACCCGAGGAGUUGCGCGAUGUCAAUGAGUUUGUCGCGGGUGAGAGCGAAUUCCGAGGUGAGAUCGGAUGCGAGGUAGCAUUCUACAAAUUUAGCCGUGUUGAACAUGUUCUUGUACACUCGUGUGCCGCCGAAAAGGAAUGUAUCCGAAUCGUCUGUCACAAUGCCGUCCACGAGGCCGAGAUUGACGAGUUCUGCGCAUUGCGCUUCGGCUUCCAUCGGCGCGGUAACAUAGGGGAGGCCGAAGAGAGUGAGGAGGUGCUGACAUUCUGCGAUCAUAGUCUGUGUAACCUCGUCUGCGUCCCUACGGUCUUUCUUUUGUUGAGCUCGAAGUUGUUUGAGUUCGUCGUCGAAAUUCACCUCUGUUCUUGGGUUGUUGCUUAGUUCUUGGGCGAAACGUGCAUGUUCUUCGGCCUCUUUGGCAAGAGACGCUAAUAACUCCACAUCUUCGGGAUCCGAGUACUGGUCGGAUUCGUCCUCUGGAAUCUCGAUUGGGAUGUCUUUGAGGUCUGCAGGGGCAGCAGGGGCAAUAGGCACAUUGAGGUCGUCGGGACCUUGAAGUAUAUUUGGAGAUAAUGCACGUGGGCGCCGCGGUCUCGGCGCUUCUGCUAACAAUUCUUCGUUUGGCGAGGAUGAUGAUGGUCUAGUGGGCGCUGUCUGGUUCAAAUUAUCCUUGGCCUGCAUAGGAACGUCCUCAAAUUCCGGGGAAGGUGAUGUGACUAUAUUUAUCAUCGAUCCAGGGUUUGUUUUUACGGGAACGUCUUCGAAUUCUGUACGUGCUGAUGUCUCGGGCUCACUCUCUGACCAUUCGACCGGCUCAUCAUCGGAUUCAGUCAUGAACAAGCCUUUCUCUGUCAUAGCUUUGUUUGUUCGUAGGGGUGACUCUGUGAUUGUUGGAUGGGGCUGAGGAGGAUCUGUUUGUACUCUCUCAGCCAGAUUUUCCAUUCGAGGUGGCCCUUCCACCACUGGUACAAUGUCCGUAUCUUCAUCCUUCGUGACAUCUGGAGAUACACUAUGCACUGCUUCGGAGCCCUCCUGUGACGGAGCUUCCAAGUCAAUUACUUCAUUCCACUUACGCAAAGUUGAGCGUUCUUGGAAUUGAUAAGAAUCGUCGUGAUCUUUUCGAGCUUGCUCCCAGUCCCUCUUCUCAACAUCGCGCAAUGCACUCAUCUCCUCAGUCACAUCUCGUCCACCGUUGAACCAUGGUGGUAAUGGUUCAGCUGCCGUCUUUUUGUUCUCCUGAGAAUCUUUUUCAAACCCGCCUGCAUUGGCCUCUUCUAACUUCUGCAUCUUCUUCUUCCCCAACAGGGAGCUUCCCAAGUUGAGCCUUUCGAAUGGAAGAGGGCCAUCGAAGCCGGGGGUCUUCGUCGACUUCAUGGCAGAAUUGGAUGCAGCUGGUGCUUCAGAUGACGAGGGUUGAGGAGAAGGACGGCGGGCUAUCGGUAGUCGCUUUGACUUUCUUGACUCUGCCAGAGCAGCUUGGAGAUCCAUCUCAUCAUUCUCACUAUCGCUCCCGUGAAAAAGGAUACUGGAAGCCGCCUUUUUGCUGCGCUGAUUAGCUAACCUAGCUAAAGCAAUCCCAGAGCCUCUAGUCGCUGUAAAUGGAUUAGUCUCCUUCGCACGUUCUUGUUGGAAAACUUCCUGCAUAAUGUCUUCUUCAGAUUCUUCGCCCGUGUUCUCCCCACCUUGCUGCAUGGACAGAGAAAUGGCCUUCUGGAGUUGUUCUUCCUCGUAAUCAGCCUGAUCAUCCUCCUGGUCCUUGAAAAUGUCGUCAGGGACAUUGGUCGCCUUGCGCCCCCACUCCCCGUGGUCGUCCUCGUCUGCCAAGAACAGCGAAUCGGGAUCCUGAGCCUCGGGAGCUGCUGACUUGGGUGGUAUGGGUCUUAUAGGCGUCUCGUUUCUCGAUCCCGAAUCUCCUUGACGACGCCUAGCCACCUCCCGCGAAAUGAAAUUUCGACCUUCUCGAUCCCUGGCAGAUAGUCCAGGCUUAGGUUUGGGCAGACGAUUCAAGCCUUCGAUUGGCACAUCUUCAAAAUCAUCCUCAUCCUCCCAUUCAUUGUCAUCCAAUUCCGUCGGUGGAACGUAAUCAACAUCGAUUGGUUUGUGGGCCUUCCCUUCGUCUUUGUUGGUGACGACUCCGAGCGCCCAUCCGCCUUCGACGCCUUCAUUCUUGACCAGCACAUAUUCUCUACCUUUUUCACCAGCGACACGGUUGGAACCAAACGUGGUAUCAUCAGACAUGCCAUUCAGAUUCAUCAGCCGCUGGGUGAGUUCAUUUCGUUCGCGCACUCUCUCGAUUUGGAAUCUCGAGAAAUCCAUACGAUUAGGGAACAUGGUAUCUAGUUGAUCCUUUGAGUAUCCCAUCCUCAAGCGGCUUCUCAAUCGAGCCGCAUUGAGGAUGUUGUAUCGAUCGGAAGCAGGCAAACUGACGAAAAACGGACUAUCGAAAUCGAUUUUAGAGAAGUCGUAAACAUUGAUAUCUUCACCAGUAUCGAAUUGCCUCGCAUAUUCUUCAAGCUCCUCCAAGCUCAUAAUUCUCGGAUCGUUCGGCUGCCCCAUUUCCGCCAGCGAGGCGCCCAACGCAGGCAGGUGAUAUUGAUCCUUCUUUUUGAAGUGCCGAUUCUGGAUGCGCUCCUGAGGAGUCUGUAGAAUCUCAUCUGCGUAUACGAUGUUCUCCGGUAUCGCUUCCUCGGGCUCCUCUCUCGGAUGCCUGACCUCUUCCUUCCUUUUCUUCUCUUCCUCCUCUGCAACCCGCUGCAUCUGAAUAGCAAGAAGCUUUCCAGCUGUUUUCAAGGCAUCUUCGCGUCUACCUUCGCGCCGGGACUUGCGAUUAUUGAUAGUCUGCCUCUUGAGUGCCGGUGCACCGCCAUCGAACACGAACACGGGCUUGAUGCCGAUAAAGAGGAGCUUGCAUAUCCGACGGAAGAAGCCGACAAUAUGGCUAUUGCGUAGCGCAUUGCCUUCUUUAUCACGAACCGCUUUGAGAAAUUGGUAGAUCCAGAUAGACGCAUCCACGGCGAGUCGUUUCUUGUUCAGCGUCUCGAUUCGGAUAGGCCGCGCGCAGGGUUGGAGAACAGUCCAUAGGCCGGUGACACCCAUGGCAUCUGG